AUGUACGAAGGGAUUGACAACCUGAAAUCCCUUUACGACCGUGCCGGGAAGACUUUCUCCGGCGGUCCUUCUGCGGCACAGGAUGUGCCGCGUCGUACUGCUCAACCAGACCCAGUACGUCGAUCAUCAGUUGGAAGCGGGGCUCCCAAGAAUCCCAGGACGGGGGAUAGCCGCGCCACCGGACGAGAUAACUCAUCCGACGUCCGUUCACGUCGCGGUGGUUCAACAGCUGCUCAACUAGAUAGCGCUGGCCACCUCGAGAGUCCUCUAAUGGAGGUGGAGGAGGAGGGAAGACGCUCUUCAUACGAUCGUGGGGAUCCGUGUGUUCCCGAGAGCUUCUUUGAUCGCGUAACGCAAGCGUUAUGCGGCGAUCUCGAGCAUGAGCGGGACAGACGUCUCCAACUGGCGGACGCUGUCUCGAAGCAUCGAGCUGAGUUUGCUUUUGCUCAGAUUGAGAUUGAGAGAGCUUUGACGUCUCUUUUGACGAGCUACGGGUAG